ACCCGUAAGACAGCACUGGGUCUCCUAAAUAGACCAGGUCCAAAGGUCCAAAACGACCUUGGGUCUAUUUCAGUUCUUGCGUUAACACGAGGAAAUCAACUCAAACUCACACAGAUUGUUAAACCAACCUGUACGCAGUCUAGAAUACAAUAAGGUAAUACCUAUGUAUGAAGUAAAUUAAUCUUUAAUUUACAAAAAGAUCAGUUUAAUUUGAAAACAUUAUCUAUAAUGACAUAACGUAUUAUGCGUGUGUACGUAAUGAUAAUUAUUAUUUGAUCUGUUAUGGCAAAGUCAUUGAUAAACAAAAGGGAUAUUUUGAUACAUUUCCUGUCGUUACGGGUAUUAUGACAUGAAAUACUGACAAUAUCAUUACAUAAAUCGCUUUAUAAUAUUUAGUGAUUAAAUAUAAAUAGCCUUGCAGUAUUGAUUCUAAAGCAUAUCCAGCAAAAUUUUCGAAGGUGUUAGGAGUGCAGAACCAUUUAAAUCAUGUAUAAAAUAAUCUGUUUGGUUGUCUGCAUAGCCGUGUGUUUGAAUAGGGUUCACGGAAAUGCAGAGGACAAAAUAGCUAUUAUGACUGCUGUGAAACCAUUUGUAGAAGAGUGUGCUAAGAAACAUGGUGUCACCUUUGAAGCACUCCUAACUGCUAAAGCAUCAGGCAAAAUAGAUGGCGUUGAACCUUGUUUCUACAGUUGUGUUUAUAAAAAGACAGAAUUUUUGAAUAGUAAAGGCGAAUACGAUGUGGAUACUGCUUUAGCCAAGCUCAAGAAGUACAUUAGCAAUGAUGAUGAUUACGCCAAACUCUCACAAGUUGGAAAAGAUUGUGCAUCAGUUAACUCCAAGCCAGUCGGAGAUGGAGAGGCUGGAUGCGAGAGAGGUGUACUACUGACCCAAUGCUUUUUGGAUCAUAAAGGCUCGGUACCCAUGUAAAUCUCUGAAGACAGUUACCUAAAAUGCUAGAAUAAGUACAAUAAUACCCACUGAUUUUAUUUCUUUGCAGUACAGUACUUAUUUAAUGUACGUUUUCACUUGCAAUGCCAAUAUAUUUACUAUAAAUGAUUAAGUGUGAUAUUUUGCACAAAUGCUAAGAAAUAAUAAAUG